AUGGCCGCUAUUACUUCCAUCAAGGCUCGUCAGAUCUUCGACAGCCGUGGCAAUCCCACCGUCGAGGUUGAUAUAGCUGUCUCCGAUGGCACUUUCGCUAGAGCCGCUGUUCCUAGCGGUGCAUCCACCGGUAUUUAUGAGGCUCUUGAGUUAAGAGAUGGAGGAUCUGACUACCUUGGAAAAGGUGUAUCAAAGGCUGUUAACAAUGUGAACACCAUCAUUGCCCCAGCAUUGAUCGGCAAGGACCCAACUAAGCAGACUGAGAUUGACAACUUCAUGGUUCAGCAGCUUGAUGGAACUGUUAAUGAGUGGGGUUGGUGCAAACAAAAGCUUGGAGCAAAUGCCAUAUUGGCAGUGUCUCUCGCGGUGUGCAAAGCUGGUGCUGGAGUCCUAAAAAUCCCUCUUUACAAGCAUAUUGCAAACAUUGCAGGCAACAAAAAUUUGGUUUUGCCUGUUCCUGCUUUCAAUGUCAUUAAUGGUGGAUCACAUGCAGGAAACAAGCUUGCUAUGCAGGAGUUUAUGGUUCUUCCUGUGGGAGCCUCCUCUUUCAAGGAAGCCAUGAAGAUGGGUGUGGAAGUCUAUCACCAUUUGAAGGCUGUGAUUAAGAAGAAAUAUGGUCAAGAUGCAGUAAAUGUUGGUGACGAAGGUGGCUUCGCCCCUAACAUUCAGGAGAACAAGGAAGGUUUGGAGUUGCUAAAAUCUGCCAUUGACAAGGCUGGAUACACUGGCAAAGUUGUCAUUGGAAUGGAUGUGGCAGCUUCCGAGUUCUACAAGGAAGACAAAUCAUAUGAUUUGAACUUCAAGGAAGAAAACAACGACGGCUCUCAGAAGAUCUCUGGAGAAGCUUUGAAAGAUCUCUACAAGUCUUUUGUGUCAGAGUACCCAAUUGUUUCAAUUGAGGAUCCUUUUGACCAGGAUGACUGGGAGCACUAUGCUAAGAUGACUGGUGAGAUUGGAACCAAUGUGCAAAUUGUUGGUGAUGAUCUCUUGGUUACCAACCCCAAGAGGGUUCAAAAGGCAAUUGACUCGAAAGCAUGCAAUGCUCUUCUGCUCAAGGUGAACCAAAUUGGAUCAGUGACCGAGAGUAUUGAAGCCGUCAGGAUGUCCAAAAAGGCUGGAUGGGGUGUCAUGACAAGUCACCGAAGUGGAGAGACUGAGGAUACCUUCAUUGCUGAUCUUGCUGUUGGUUUGUCAACGGGUCAAAUUAAGACUGGAGCUCCAUGCAGGUCAGAGCGUCUUGCUAAGUACAACCAGCUCUUGAGAAUUGAGGAGGAGCUCGGUGCUGAAGCAGUGUAUGCUGGAGUUAACUUCCGUACUCCUGUUGAGCCCUACUAA